AUGACAACGGAACCGGUCGUCUCGACCAAUGGCCACUGUCUGAACAGUUUCCUCUACAGCAACGCUGCGGAGCGAGUCGUUGUCAAUCAUUUGACGUCCUUCGCGAAACACGCGGCGGCGACUGCGACGACGGACAUGGGCUCCGGGCAAUCGGAGGCUGACGGAGGCGAAUCGCUGGCGCCCUUGGACCUGAGACUUCCGUCGAAAAAGCUUUCGAACGGUCCAGCCGCCAAGAAGGCAUGUCUGUUCGACGUCAGGGGUAUCUUGAGCGAGAAGACGGAAGGCGACGCGCCGGCGAAGAGGGCCGUCUCCUGCAGCGAGGCAACGGCGGCCGUGGUGGCCAGAUGCUCGCCAAGUCCGGCUGCGGCGCCUUACCACCACCAGAUGCCCAAAGCGCCGUUUUCGUACCCGGAUCUGGCGCGGAGUCAGCUGUCGAUGUUCGCUAAUCCGUUCUUCGCCUACUCUAAUCUGUUGAGGAACCCUCCGCACGACGUGCUGCGGUCUCUGACGUUUGUGCCGCCUCUGUUUCCAAACAACGCCGCCAUUGGCAUUAACCCACUUUCGACGUUCGGCCACGCCGGUGGCAUCACCCACCUGAAGAUGAAGGAUGGGUACACGUGUAAGUUUUGCGGCAAGCGUUUCCCGCGCUCCGCGAACCUGACCCGCCACCUGCGGACGCACACCGGGGAACAGCCGUACAAGUGUCAGUACUGUGAGAGGUGUUUCAGCAUUUCGUCCAACCUGCAGCGUCACGUGCGCAACAUCCACAACCGCGAAAAGCCGUUCAAAUGCCCUCUUUGCGACCGUUGCUUCGGACAGCAGACUAACCUCGACCGCCACCUGAAGAAACACGAGUCGGAACGGGGCCUGAUGCCUUCUGGGGUCAUUACCUCAGGCAGCACCAGUGUGUCACCUGACCUUUGCGACGAGCACGUCACCGAUGACAAGGACGAGAGCAAGUCGGCGGUCAUCGUCGACCCGACCCCGAUUCUCGUCGCGCCGAAACUACAGUCUGCCAACCACGCGGAGGACGAGGACCAGGAGGACGAAAAGCGCGAUUCGAAGGUGAACGACGACAGCGAUGACGGUGAAGAUUAUUUGCUACCGAAAUCGACUGUCCUCAAAAUGCGGUUCAAUAUGGUAACAUAG